AUGCGGGCUCUAGUCCUCUCCGGCCUGCUCUGCAUGCUGCUGCUCUGCAACUCCGUCUUCUCCACGGAAGGAAGAAGGCAUCUUCGGCCUCCUGCCAAGCCCUGGAAAGGCAAGCCCUGCUGUUCCCAAGUUCCUGAUCCUGCCCAGAGGACCCAGAAAGGGCACCGCGUGAGGAUCUGCAAACCAUGCAAGUUCAAGCCAGAGUUCAAGCAAGUUCAAGCCUUCUGGGUGGUGCCCGGGGCGCUCCCACAGGUUUAG